AUGCCUGGCUUUGUCCUGCUCACUGGUGCGGUUAUCUCGCUGAUGGUGUCAUCAGUGGUGGCCUCAUUUUGGCACGAGUCGCGUCCGGAUGGUUUGCUGACGGAGGGUCUUGCGUGGGGAAAUACCAACAGCGAGAGGCUCUUGCCGCUGUGGGUGUGGAUUUACUGCAUUGUGUGGUGGUUUAUUCAAGAUAUUGUCAAGGUGGCGUCGCACAAGUUUAUGCAGUGGACGGAUAUGUUCGGCUGCGUGUCGAAGGCUUACGGUGGAAAUGUUAUUGAGCAGUAUAUGGAAAAGAGAGGCAAUGAACCUGUUAAUGAAAAUGAAGCUUUGUAG